AUGAUGCCAAGAAGGCAUGCAAAUGUCGGUGGUACCCUGGGCGAGUGCGAUCCUGGACACUUUUCCUUCAACAGCUAUGGCGGACCAAGCGAGCUCGGCAAGGUCCCGGAAGGAAAGGACCGUGGCUUCGAGGAAAGCUUUCCUGAAACGUGUCUGGAUGGUGCCAAAGGUGGUAGCGGGAUCUCUAGCAUUUACCUCGAGAACGGAACGUCUCGCGAUCUAUACAGUGACGGUGAUUGCACGAAUCUUAUCUAUACCGGGUUGAAGUUUCCUGAAAAUUACAGGUUGAUCCAGUUGAAGAGCAACGUCGAUGGUCAGAAUGGCAAGAUGGUCAAUGACAACAUUGAGAGCGUCAUGUGCGCCUUCACCUAG